AUGGACUCCUUCACCACCAUCAACAUCCCCACCAACUUCGAGACUGGCGGCGGCGGCGGCAACGUCCACCGUCGGGUAUAUGAGCGUUGUGGGAACCGCUGUAAGCCACCGGUCUUACACCCUUCCACCCCCCGAAAAACUCCCCCUCCCGGCCUCGUCCCAAUCCGUCAAUCCCGGGAGGUAAAUCGUCAGACAGUCAUCGUCAUCGUUAGUGAAGGACAUGGGUCACCCAUGGCUCACUCAGGUCUGACCCUCACCCAUACCCACCAAAACCCAUACCCAUGA